GUCCUCUGCCAAAUACCCAUCACCAAUCCUUCCCUCAACUCCAUCAGCACGAAUUCUCACCAGACAUACCCAAAAUGCCGUUCAGUACGCUUGUCAAUCGUCGCGCCCUUGCAUUUUUCGGAGUCGUCUCUCUCGGCGGGUCAUACAUGCUUAUGAAGACACGGGCAAUCACUGCGCAGAGGGAGCAGAGGCAGGUAGGCGACUACAGCGUAUCGACGACAAGAUCGGGCGGAGGCAUCUGAAGACAUUGCCACAGUCGAACGCCAACCGGCUGGUAGUAGAAAUAAGAGGAUGUGAUGGUUUAUGACUUAAAUGGCGUUACGAUAUCUGCACCCGCGAGUGCUUGCCCCGUUGUUGGAGCGGAAGCGAAAACAGGCUGAAGUUGUUCACGCACAAAUUGGCGAACAUCUCGAAUAAUGGAUUAUGCUAUUUAUCUGGGGUAUCUUGGCGUAAUGUAGUCGGUCUGUCGCUCUCGACAAUGGAAUUGGGACAAUAUAAUCUUGAUAUAUCAUCUGUUGUAUGUCUAUUGUAUGAACAAGGUGGUGGCUAUUCUACAUCCAGCAUCCCGGCAGGCUCUUCUAUAAAUGCAAGGGAUUCAUUGUUGGUGCGAUUUUGGGCGGUAAUUACAGCUGGUUCAGACAGACAAUUAUUAAGCCAAUAUAGUGCG